AUGAGCAGCAGUCGUAUGCGUAACAAGAAGCUUUCGUACAAGCAGAAAAUUUCUGUACAGCGCGGCGCCUCCCUGAAUGGAGCAGCAAAUGCACUUGUUUGUGGGAUUACACCUGAAUUUGAGACAACUGAUAAUCAGAAGGACUCAACGUUUGGUGUAGAUUCACAUGAGAUUACAGAGCACCAUCUCCAAGCGGCUCUGUCCUCGAAUCAGGUGGAAACGACGUCCACCGGCGGCUCAGCACCUAAAAAAGCAUACCACAUUCCCACACCAAAAACAGUGGAAGCUUUGACGCAGGCGCAGUAUGAUAAAGAAUACCCGCCGAAUGCGUAUUCAGACCCUGUCACUUACGUCCGGUUCUCGGAUACAGUGGAAGGAUGUAUUUCAGGAGCACCUUAUUGUUUAGAUGAAGACGAUAAGGGGUGGCUUGAUAAACACAACAACAAGGUGAAGGAGGCGUUGGAAAGUGCUUUGAAAGACAAAAAGAAUGAUGCCGACAAGCAGGUGCUGAUUCAAAAAGACCCCGCAAAGUACAAGGCUAUCUCAGAAGAUGAGUUUGAAACGGUCAUGUACGUGUUUGAACGUACCACGAAUGAACGACACCCACUUCUUGAGCUUGACAUAUCGAAAUUACCCCCGCUCUCGGACCUUUUGCCUGAGUUUGAAAGUAACUCUGCCUCAUCCAAACUGGCUUUGCCUGAGUUACCUGAGUCCCCAAUGGAGAUCCCGGUAAAUGGCGCAGAUGUGGAUGCAGGCAACAAGGCGAGUAGUAAGGUGCAAUCGAAGAGUCAAGACCAGGCACAAAGCAAUUUGACUUGGUCAGCAAGUAACCCCUUCAGAAACCUGAGUGUACUUAAACCUUGUGCGUAUGCUGUGUACCCUUGGUGGAAAUUGCGCCGUCAAGCACGUGAAGGUAAAGGAAUUGUUCCUUUGCUGAAUUUUGACGAGAGCAACGAUAAUGAUCCGUAUGUGUGUUUCCGACGUCGUGAGGUUAAGAGCGCGCGUAAAACACGUAAAACCGACAAUCUCCAGUUAGAAAAACUGGUUCGGCUGGAGUCAGAACUCAAGCAGGCUACAACAUUGUUCCUGAUGAUUGCUCAGCGUGAGCGCAUAAAAAACCAGCAAAUUACGAAAGCACGCGCCUGCUGGAAGCAAGCUCAAGAGCUUUUGGCGCUGAAGCGUCAAUGGAAUAUUCAAGGUCCUAACAAAGGGCAAGAUGACGAAAGUCUCAUCUUCGGUAUUCAGCCUGAUCCUAAUGCGCCGGUACCGACGGCGGGAGCAUCGCAGAAUGCACAGUUAUUCAAGAAGAAGCGCAAAGCAGAAGAAUCAAGUGCCUCUACGACGCUCAAAAUUCGCAGGCCCAAAAACAACGAAUCCGAUUCAGCCACAACCGCAAAGGUUGGUGGCGAAGGCGUGGCUACCGCCGCUGGCUCUGCGAUCAUGGAGCGUAUUCAGGCUGUGCAGGCGUAUAUUGAGCGUGAGUGCCAUGCUCGUCAAUUAGCUGAUGCUGGCGUGGAAGACCUCACGGACUCAGCCUUCCAGCCUAUGGUCGCUCCGCCAUCUUUACGUGCCUUCCGUCCCAUUCAGUCGGAUAACAACGAUACUCACUUCUGGUCCAACCAUCCUUUUGCACGGUUGGGUCGCCAGUCGUGUUUCCGGCGUCGUAUUGGCCGUGGUGGUCGCGUUCUUUUGGACCGCCGCCCCGUGGUAGUAAGUCCUUCGCCUGCCAAUAUUGGCGCUUGGCCUCGACAACGUCAAAAUGGUUUCCCCCUAGCGACGUUUGGGUACAUGCGCCCCACAGAGUCAGCCAAGCGACAGGAUGGUGCGACGCGUAGUGCCGGUAAUGACCCGCUGCGCUCGUAUGCGCCUUUUGCGUACUCAGCGCGUGUAGCGCCGAUGCUGCUGCCGACACCUGACUUGUCUUGGGAUCCGUUAACGUCCAAAGAUCCACGUGCCUCUUUGACGCAUGAUCCCCACUUCUACUUUGGUUCGCAGGAUGAUGAUGUUAAGGAAGCACCUGCGUAUUCAGUAGGCCCCCAAGCUGAAGUGGCAAGCACUGACUCAGAUUCGACGGACCGAUCUCAUACAACCGUUGAAUCUGGCGACGGUCAAAGCACACAGGCCACCGAUCCUGAGCAGGAGCCGAUGCAGGAGGACAAGGUGCAGAACGGUAUCUGGCAGACAGAAGAGGAAUCUGUGGAAGAGCAGAUGGAGCGUGCACAACGCCUAGCUGAGCGAUGGCGCUAUGAUGAAGACGGUGGUCGGUUUGCUGGUAUGGGCCUCUUGGGUUUGGGAGGCAUGGAAGGCGACGAGGAAGCGAUCCUGGAUGACUAUGACCAGCGCUUUAUUCGCUACCGAAUGUCACUCUUAGAUGAAUCAAGUCUGCUCAAACUAUCGACGGAUUGGACGUAUAUGCGUCAAGUCCUUCUUGCAACAGCUACGCGACAGCCUGUACCCGUGCAUGCCACUACUCUCGCCAGUGCAGACACUGUGAAAUCAGUUGGAGCGGGAUCUUCAGCUCGCACAUCCAACACAAACAAAGAGUCUUCUACACAAAACACAACACAAUCAUCCAGCGAAGUGACGCCACCGGUGAAUACCAAGUAA